CAACUGAUGGAGACCUGGCGAUUUCCCCAGUUUUGGGAAUUUUGAUCGGCGCCUCUAUCACAGUAAUAAUAAUCAUUGUGAUAGUCGUUGUACGAGUGCGAAGAUCGCCAAACGGCCCUCAAGGGAUGAUUGAAGAGAAAAUGCCCGGAGUUCCGGGCCAUUGCAACACGAUGUCAUCCACCAAACCCCUACUGCGUAGCGCAUCUCCUAGGGAGAUGGACGAGAAGGAUCCUGAUAUAAUUCCUGCAAAGUACGGAGCCGCAGAAGCCGCAGAAGACAAUCGCCUGCUGUCUCUGACUGGAUCCCAAGUGUUCGCACACCACGAGGCCAACGUAUCCCUUAGUUAUCCAACUGACGUUCUGGUGUCCCAAUGGACGAGCCCCGUUAGUCCCGUUUCCAUUAAGCAAAUUAGUCAGCUAACGCAAUCUACAUACCAUCAGUACAGUAAUCCGGUCGCAAUGGUCGGCACAUUUCCAAGAGACUCGCGGCCCAAAGACUUGUGCUUAGGGAACGGAAACUCGUCAACUUUGGCCCGAACUUCCGACCUGGAACUGAACGGACUGGCCAUCAAAGAAAGACUGAUGGCGAACAGGCUGCCGGAAAGUUGUGUUUAAUCGUCAAAGUUGUUGUGCAUGUGCCGUCCAUAAGAGGACUAUUUCGAAAUAGUUGAAACAUGACGAUUUUGGAGAUCAGUUCUGUGUUGUUGAGGCGGAUUCAUUUUUUACAA